AUGAGUGGGGGCCCACAGGAGGAGUUGGAGAAGCUUGGGCUGGAGUGGGGAGGGCUGACAAGAACCAAGGACAGCUCUGCGUCUAGGCACCUGCAUUUAUGGAUCACCAGAGCCUACUUCCCUAGUCUUGGCACGCGUGCCUGUGGAGAGGAGUGCCUGUUCCCUGACUGUCCUGGAACCCUCACGCACCGUCCGCAUCUCACAGACUCUAAGGACCGGGAGGGGGCGGACUUCUCACCGGAGGACUGGCAUUGGAGAGGCCGGGCGCGCUGCGGGCGCCGCGCGCUGCUGGCAGCCGUCGCUUGGACCGCGGGCUGGGUGCUGGCGGCCGCGUUUCUACUCCACGCGCGCCCGCCCGGCCUCCCUGAGCGCUGCAGCGACCAGAGGAGCCGGCAAAUCCUGGCCGCGCUGUGCCGGGACUACUUGGGCGGCGUGCUCAUGGGGGACCUGUGCGAAGACCUGUGUGUGGCGGGUCAGCUGGUGUACCAGCGCUGCCUGUACUAUGAACGAGGCAAGAAGGUCCUGCAGGCCGACUGGCGGGGCCGGCAGGUCAUCCUCAAGUCCAAGAAGGAGGCCUUCUCCAGCUUCCAGCCCCUGGGCCUGCUGGAUGAGGGCCAGGGCGUCCCUGAGGCCGAGCUCCUGCUGCUGGUGGCCGGCGAGGUCCAGAGCACGCUGGGUCUGCCGCUGGCCAACGGCAGUCUGGGGCUGCUGUGGCUGGGCCCGCGGGGCCCCGGCUGGCGCGAGCACGUGGCCAGUCUGUGGGCUCUGUUGCAGCAGGAAGAGUUCCUGUCCCUGAGCCUGCUGCGCGGGCUGAGCCGCCACGUGCCGCCCGUACUGGGUUCCUGUGGCCACUUCUACGCCGUGGAGCUGCUGGCCGCCGGCAGCCCGCACCUGCACGCACUCUUCCCGCUGGGCGAGGCGGCGCGGGCGCGCGGGGGCCAGGCGGCGGCCGUGGGCAGCAUCGCGCUCAGCUUCCUGGACAUGGUGCAGCACUUCGAGCAGGACUUCGCCCACCGCCUGCACCUCUGCGACAUCAAGCCCGAGAACUUCGCCAUCCGGAGCGACUUCACGGUGGUGGUGAUUGAUGUGGACAUGGUCUUUUUCGAACCUAAAAUGAGGGAAAUUCUGGAGCAAAACUGCACGGAUGAUGAAGACUGUAAUUUCUUCGACUGUUAUUCAAAAUGUGAUUUGCGGUUGCGCAAGUGUGGAGCCCACCGAAUCAAUAGCAAUCUGCAGGUCGUCUGUGACAAGAUCUUCCGCCACUGGUUUUCCUCACCUCUGGAGGACUCUGGGGUCUCCUUCCAGCUGCAGCGGCAGUUCCAGGAGGUGGUGCGGGAGUGCGCAGAUCCCGGGGACCCCGCGCCUCCCCACAGAGCAGCCCCCAGCGUCUUCUGGAAGCUCCGGAGCCUGUUGAAGGCCCUGGUGCAGGAAAUGCAGGCAACGGAGCCCUAG